GUCAUGGCGGCGCCCGAGGAGGAGGCGACGGCGGCGGAUGGCGGCGGGGGAGGGGAUGGAGGGGAUGGCGGCGAUGAGGAGGCGCUGAAACGGCUCGAGGGCCUGGUGACAGACCUCUACAACUUCCGGGAUUCCCUGCCCACCCGUGACCCCGCCCACGACCCCACCCAUGACCACGCCCAUGGCCACGCCCCCGACCCCGCCCAGGACCCGCUGGUGGCGGAGAUGGAGCGGACGCUGAAGCUGAUGGAGCAGAUCCACGUCUCUCCCGAGGGGCGUGGCCGGGCGCUGGUGCUUCGCGCGCGCGCCCUGGGCGUGGCCCCUGAGGUGGGCGGGGCCAGGGCGGAGCUGGCGCUGGGCCACGCCCUGAAGCUGGACCCCGCCCUGGGCGUGGCCUGGAGGCAGCUGGGGGAGCAAAGAUGGCGGCGGGGCGACCUGCGGGGGGCGCGCGAGGCCUUCGGGGGGGCCCUGCAGCAGGGGGAGGACCCCGAGGCCCGGCGCCUCCUCUCCAUGGCCCUGCGCGCCCAGGGGGCGGGGCCAGGCCCGCGGGGGGAGGGGCCAGCCCCCGGGGGGGCGGGGCCGGGCCCGGGGGGCGGGGCCUUGCGCGAGAGCCUGGCCCAGGCGGAGGCGGCCGUCAGGUGCGACCCGAGGGACGGCCAAUCGUGGUAUGUCCUGGGUAACGCCCACGUGUCGCUGUUCUUCGCGGGGGGGCAGAGCCCCGGCAGCGCCCGGCGCGCGCUCGCGGCCUACGCACAGGCGGAGCGCGUGGACCCUGCGGCCGCCGCCAACCCCGACCUGCACCUGAACCGCGCCACGUUAUUGCAGUACCUGGAGCGGUUCCAGGGGGCGCUGGAGGGCCUCAGCCGCGCCGCCGACCUCGCCCCGCAGUGGGAGGAGCCUCGGCGACGGCACCAGCAGCUGAUUGGCUACCUGGGCGACCUGUGCCGGCUGCUGGAGACGCGGGGGAAGCUGCGUGGGAAGCGCCGAAGGGGCGUGGCUGGGCCGGUGCCCCUCCCCCUGCUGGGCCCGCUGGGCGGGGCCGGGGGGCCGCGCCCCUCCCCCAUCGCCGGGCUCCGCCCUGGGCCCAACCCCCACAAGGUGGUGCUGGGCAGGGCCCUGUUCAGCCUGACCCCGCCCGGGGGCGUGCCCUACACGAUUGGUCUCCAGGACGGGGGCGGGGCCGUGGCCGCCAUCACCGUCUAUAACUCCGCCCCCAAUUGGGGCGUGGCCGUGGGGGACGCGGUGGGCGUGGCCGAGCCCGUGAUGAGCCAGCACCUGCACCAGCACCAGGGACAGACGUUCUCCUUCGUGUCCCUGCGCGUCCCCUCCCCCCUCUCGCUGGUGGUCAACGGGAAACGCCCCCCGGGCCACGCCCUGGCCCCGCCCCGCCUGGCGCUGACCAAUCCCAGCGCCAUGCCCGAUGAAGCCACGCCCCCCAGCCGGUGCUGACCACGCCCAUUCGGCGGCGUCCAAUGGGGGGGAUUUGGGGCAAUAAAAGAGAAAUUUGG